UUUCAGGCGAGAAUCGCUCUACAGACGCCCGGGCUACGGCAGUCCGCUACGAACCGUGGCCGCGCCGCUACGCCGCUCGUAGCCGCGUAGCUCGUAGCACGCCCCCCGCGUAGCACGUGCCGAAUAUGACAAGUUAUAUUUUUAAUUUCUUCUCACCAGCCAGGCCACCCUGCAUAGAAAUCGCAUAUUAAUAUUACCAUACUAAGUGAAGUCACAAUUUUCUUCAAACCACGGACCUAAAGAACUAUCAUACUUUAUUUUCAAAGAACUUAAAAGUGUAACGUAUAAUAACAAGUGAUUAUAAAGUGAAUAACAAUAACAUAGACAGUAACAGUAAUGUUUGGUCGUGUGUGUGUCCCGCUGUGGGGCGCCAGCCUGGCCACCCUACUGCUCGCCAACCUCAGGACUGUCACCCUACUGCAGACAGACACGUCUCCUCGGCGGUGCCACUCGUGUGACAACUCCACGGCGUGUCGCGAGCCUGGCGCCGUCCUAUGUCCACCAGAGAAGCCCUGGUGCUCCACCGUCGCCGCUGCGCCCAACGUGACGUCAUCGCUGGGCUGCGCGGCGGCGGCGGUGGCGGCGGCGGAGCGCGCUUGCUCAUUAGCGUACUGCGCGCAAAAACAACGCUUCCAAAUGACUUGUGUCUGCGCCACUGACCUCUGCAACGCGCCCUUCUCGCCCCAGCUGCUCGAGGCACUCCUCAAUUUCGCCUCUAACGACCACAGCGAAAACAACAGCACCGACUUAACAGACGCGUUUUUCAACUCCACAAAGUACGCUAAUGUGACAAAAAGUGGCCUUUUCGCCGCGCUCACUGCAAAAACAAAUGAAGGGUCUACGACUUUGGAAAUUAGUACGGCUCGGCCGACCACUGUGAGGAGUCAUGAGGUGGCGGGGGCGGGGACUCACCCGCGCGAGGCAGCGGGCGAGGCCCACAGCGCCGGGGUGCCGCGGGCCGAGGCACUGAAGCAGGAGCCGGCGCCGUCCGACGAUGAUGAAGACGAGGGUGAAGGCAGCGGCGACGAGGAGCGCCCCCGCGCCCCGCCCGCCGCCCCGCAGCCGCCCAGCUCCUACCUCCCCGCCAGCGAGAACGGAGCUGCUCCUUUAUACUCUCAAGUGCUCGUCACAACCUCCCUUUUCUUGUUCGUGAAAGUUUAAGAACUCGGCUAGUGCGAGCGUGCGGCGAGUGUCACAUCGCCGGGAAGUGAGUGGUUAAGUUAAUUAGAAGUAUGGGAACAAAAUUUUGUAAAUCCUCCACGAAAUUAUUAAGUACAGAUUAGUGCCCAUAGACUUAAUGCUCGUUUAAAAUUCGACAGUAUCUACUACGGCGUAGGCAAAUUUGGUUUAUAUUUAUAAACCCAGUUAUGGGUCCGUUUAUUAGUAGAUAUUUAAAAUAGAUUUCGGUGUAGUGACAAUCCCACCCAAAGUAGGUGAAUGUUUGGAUGUGUAAAUAUGAAGUGUUUUGAUGAGUAUUCCUGAAAGUGCCAAAAGAUAACUACGAUCUAUUUGAAAAGGAGGUGAUUCAGUCAAUAUUAAAUCUAAUUGUAGCUUCUUUACAUCGAGUCUUCAAUAUUAAUAUCACUGAAUUAUUAUAAUUUAAAAUAAAAUGUAUAGAUUAUAUAUUUCAACGAUAGCAUACUACGCGUGGAGUCUCACCAUAAUAAUAAUUUUAAUUGUUUCAAAAACAACUUAAGAGUAAUUGAAUGCACAAUUUUUUAGUAGAUUACAAUUUGUAGAAGCCAAUUAUUGAUACUAGAUAAGUACAGCCAAAUUAUUAUUUAAGAGACUGUAUCUUGUUGAGAUUUAUUAAAUAAAUUAUAAGA